AUGGGCGUGAUGGUGUUCAAUAUCUUCGGGCUGCUCUCUCUGCUGCGCAAACUACGAUCUGCACCAGAAAAAGAACUUCGUAUCCUGUUGCUCGGAUUGGACAAUGCCGGUAAAACGACGCUGCUAAAGCAGCUCGCCUCAGAGGAAGUUACCCAAGUGACCCCAACGGCGGGAUUCAACAUUAAAUCCGUUGUCUCCGACGGGUUCAAACUAAACGUCUGGGAUAUAGGGGGUCAGAGCAAGAUACGCCCAUACUGGAAGAACUACUUUGACAACACGGACGUCCUGAUAUAUGUGAUCGAUUCGAGUGACCGGAAGCGGCUGGAGGAAACCGGCGACGAGCUUACCGAGCUGCUGCUGGAUGAUAAACUAAAAUCCGUGCCUUUGCUGGUGUUUGCCAACAAACAGGACGUAGCUGGUGCGCUGAAAGCUUCCGAGAUAGCAGAAUGCCUGAAGCUCGUCAAGCUGAUGGAUCGCACCUGGCAAAUACAAGGCUGCUCGGCUUUGCAAGGUGCCGGUGUGAAGGAGGGAAUGGAUUGGGUUUGCAAAUGUAUAAAGAAAUAA